CUUGGAAGUACUUACAUAAUCCCUGUGGCUUCUCCACAACUUUCUCUUGAAUUUCUUAAGACAUAUGAUUCAAUCUUUGCGUCACGUUCUUCCAUUUCCAACACGGUCGAUAUCUUAAGCCAUCGAUAUCUUACCGCCGCCUUUUCACCUUUGGGAGGACAAUGGAGGAAGAUGAGAAGAAUUCUUGCAUCAGAAAUACUCAAUUCAUCAACUCUACAUCGAAUGCUUGGCCAUAGAAAUGCCGAAGCUGAUACUCUUCUACGCUAUAUUUUCAGCCAAACAAGUAAUAGAGAUGGAGCCGUGGUUAAUGUUAGAAGCAUAACACAACAUUAUUGUGGUAACAUAAUCAGAAGAAUGCUAUUCAGUAGAAGAUACUAUGGCAAAGGGAGAGAAGAUGGAGGUCCAACUUUUGAAGAAGAAGAGCAUAAUCAAGCAUUGUUGACAAUUCUUAAGCAUGUUAAUGCAUUUUCUAUAUCGGAUUUCAUGCAUUGGUUGAAGCCAUUUGAUUUAGAUGGACAUCAAAAAAUUAUGAAGAAUGCGUUAAAUGUCGUUCAAAAGUACGAUGAACCCAUUAUAGACGAGAGAGUUCAAAGAUGGAAAGAUGAAAAAUUGGAAGAGGCCAAUGACGACAUUCUCGAUAUCCUUAUUUCACUCAAAGAUGAAAAUGCAAAACCAUUGCUAUCUGUCGCAGAGAUUAAAGCUCAAAUCACGGAGCUACAAAUU